CAAAAUUAGCAUCUAGUACUGAUGAUUUCCAGAAGAAGAAAUUUGCCUUUGAUGUAUACGAUAUUAAUAAAGAUGGAAUGAUAUCUAAUGGAGAAUUAUUUACCGUUAUGAAAAUGAUGGUUGGUAAUAAUUUGAACGAUACACAGUUACAACAAUUAGUAGACCGAACUAUAUUACAAGCAGAUAAAGAUGGUGACGGAAUGAUAUCCUUUGAAGAAUUUAAAGAUAUGAUAUCACAUAUGGAUGUUGGAAAUAAAUUGAAGCUAGAAUUAUAA